AUGGAGCGAGACCAGCUCAGUGAAAUCCUGAGAGAGCUGGAAGCUAAAAAUCUGGAAAAACAAGAGGAACUAAGAAUUGCUCACAUGCAUCUGAAAGAGCACCAGGAAAUUAUUGAUCAACUCAGAGGGAUUGUUUCUGAGAAGACAGAUGAAAUAUCAAAUAUGCAGAUGGAUUUAGAAAAUUCAAAUGCUAAAUUACAAGAAAAGAUCCAAGAACUUAAGACAAAUGAACAUCAACUUUUUAAGUUAAAAGAAGAUGUCAGUGAGACACAGAAAAAAAUAUCUGAAAUAGAGAAAUUGAAGAAACAAUUCAAGACCCAAAGUUUAACUCUGGAUAAAAUGGAAAUGGAGAACUCACAGCUGGCUCAGAAACUUCAUGAAAACCUUGAAGAAAUGAAAUCUGUAAUGAAAGAAAGAGAUAGUCUAAGAGUAGUAGAAGAGAAUCUCAAACUGGAGAGAGACCAACUCAAGGCAAACCUACAAGAAACCAUAGUUAGAGAUCUAGAAACACAACAAGAACUAAAAAUUGCUCGUAUGCAUUUGAAAGAACACCAAGAAACUAUUGAUAAGUUGAGAGAAAGAGUUUCAGAAAACCAAGACAAAUUUCAAGUAUUCAACAUGAUUUAA